AUGCCGACCAGGCCCGCUUCACCCUGCAGGAGACCCUCGACAAGAUCAAGGCCCAGGCCGAGUCAGCACUCCAAGCUCAAGUCCGACACCGAAGCCGAGCUCGCCGCCGCUGGCAGCAAAUACACCGCCCUUCAGGAGGCUCUCGAUAAGCUCAAGGCUGACACCGAUUCCGACCUCGCCGCUGCAAAGAAGGAGCUGAGCGAUGCCCAGGAAAAGUUCACCGCUCUGCAGAAAACCCACGAUGAUCUCCAGAGCGGCUCCAGCGCCAACGUAUCUGCCGCCCAGAAGGACCUCACCGAUGCUCAAGAAAAGCUUGCUGCCCUCCAGCUGACCCUUGACCAACGUAAGACGGAAGCUGAUGCGGACCUCGAGGCCGCCAAGAAGGAGCUGCUCGAGGCCCAGACAAAGUUCGCUGAGCUCGAGGAUAACCACAACAAGCUCAAGAUCGGCUCCGAGGAGCAGGUCGCUGCCACCAAGAAGGAGCUUACCGAAGCGCAGGACAAGGUUGCCGGCCUUCAACAGACCCUCGAUGGCCUCAAGUCCGACUCCGCAUCCGUCCUGUCGUCCACCCAGAAGGAGCUCGCCGACACCCAGGAGAAGCUCACUGCCCUCCAGCAGACCAACGACAAGAUCAAGGCCGAGGCUGACGCAGACCUGGCGACUGCUAAGAGCUCCCUCGCUCAGAGCGAAGACAAGUACGCGACGCUGCAGGAGUCGAGCGCGGCGGAGCUCGAGUCUGCCAAGAAGAGUGUUGCCGAGUGGGAGGACAAAUACAACAAGCUGGAGCAGUCGCACAAGGAUGCUCAGUCUGCCUCUGGUACCGAGCUUGAGUCUGCAAAGAAGUCUCUGGCUGAGUCCGAAGAGAAGUACACCAAGUUACAGGAGACUCAUGACGCCGAACUGGCGGCUGCCAAGAAGGGCGUUUCCGAAUGGGAGGAAAAGUACAAUGGCUUGGAAAAGACUCAGAAGGAAACGCAAUCCGCUGCCACCGCAGAGUUGGAAUCCGUGAAGAAGAGCUUGGCCGAGUCCGAGGAAAAGUACAAGACGCUGCAGGAGGCGCAAGCACAGACCCAGUCGGAAUCCAGCGCAGAGUUGGAGGCUACCAAGAAGAGUGUUGCAGAGUGGGAGGAGAAGUUCAACGCUCUCAAGCAGACGCAGGAGAAAGCCCAGUCUGAAAGCAGCGCUGAAGUUGACGCCGCCAAGAAGACUGCUGCCGAGUGGGAGGAGAAGUACACCACCUUGCAGCAGGCCCAGGAGAAGGCUGCGUCUGACUCCAGUGCCGAGAUUGAUGCCGCGAAGAAGAGCGUGACGGAGUGGGAGGAGAAGUUCAAUGUCCUCAAGCAAGCACAGGAGAAGGCCAAAGCCGAGUCUAGCGCUGAAGUCGAGGCCGCGAAGAAGAGCGUUGCGGAGUGGGAGGAGAAGUACAAGGUUCUCCAGGAGUCGCACGAUAAGGCACAAUCCGAUGCUGGAUCUGAGCUCGCCUCCAUCAAGCAGAGCCUGGCCGAUGCCGAGACCAAGCACAAGUCAGAGCAGCAGUCCCACGAGAAGGCCAAGGCCGAUAUUGAGGCGGAGCACACUACCACAAAGAAGUCUCUCUCUGAUCUCGAAGAGCAGCAUGCCGCCCUGCAGCAAACUCACGACAAGACGAAGACCGAGUCAGCCGAGGAGUCCUCGCGUCUGAGCAAGGAGCUGGCGGACUUGCAGAGCAAGUAUGCCGACCUUGAGAAGUCCAGCGAGAGCGUCAAGAAGGACGCAUCUACUGAGUUGGAGAGCGCUAAGAGGGAAGCUGCCAGCUGGCAGGAGAAGGCCGAGAAGUCGACCUCUGCUGUUGACUCAUUGACGAAGGACCUCGAGGACUCCAAGAAGGAUCUGGCUGCCGCCGAGGCGAAGCACGCCGCCGAACUGCAGAAGCUGCGUGAGGAGCUCACAAAGGCUGCCAGCGUUAAUGGCGACAAGCCCGGCGCCGAGCCUGCAGUGGAGGAGGCCAAGCCCAAGGAAGAGGCUGUUGCUGCAUAA